UAAUGCAUUGGGUCCAGUGCAUGGCUUAAAUGAAGAAGAGGAUGAAGUUGAUAGUAUGGGGAGCUUCUCUGUUAAGAAAUGUUAUGAUCUUCAAGUUCAAGAUGUGGAGGAAAAUUGUGACUUUCAUAAGUCUCUAUGGUUGGUUUGGUGAUGAUGAAAGGAUUUUCUUGAUUCUUGAAUAUACUGCUAAAGGUGAACUUUAUGGUUUACUUAGUAAAACUGGUCAUCUGACUGAGAGACAAGCUGCUACUUACAUUGCAAGCCUUGCAAAAGCAUUAGCUUACUGCCAUGAGAAGAAUAUCAUUCAUAGAGAUAUUAAGCCGGAGAAUUUGUUGCUUGAUCAUGAGGGACGACUGAAAGUUGCGGACUUUGGAUGGUCUGUACAGUCAAAUAAGAAGAGACAUACAAUGUGUGGGACAUUAGAUUACUUAGCACCAGAAAUGGUUGAGAACAAAGGUCAUGACUACUCGGUUGAUACCUGGACUAUGGGUAUUCUCUGUUACGAAUUCCUUUUUGGGGUUCCGCCAUUUGAAGCCGAGACACAGAACGAAACAUUUAGAAGGAUAAUGAAGCUUGAGUACAGCUUCCCUCCAACCCCUCAUGUGUCAGUGGAAGCUAAAAAUCUCGUGUGAUUGCUUUUGGUGAAGGAUCCCUCGAAGAGACUUCCACUGUCAAAGAUUUUAGUACAUCCCUGGAUAACUAAGAAUGCAGACCCAUCUGGUGCUUGCAGUGAGUAGAAGAUCUAUAGCAAAUUCUUAACAUAAUCACCAGUGGCUCAUAUAUAUUUUGUACACCAAAAUGAUGUAAUUGUAUUUGCUGAGAUAUAAGGUCUUCUUCUAAAGCUUUAGAAGUUGACACUGUCUUCUUGAAAGGUUCGUCGAAUGUAAGUUGUAUGACUUCUGCAACUGAAAUUAUCUUUGUCUAUUCACAGUAAGAU